CUUAGUGGGGUAUAAAAAGGGCAAGGCAAACUCAAGAAUUUCAGUUUCAACGUAGACGUCGUUCCAUGGACAGAGAUAUGUUACGAACCUUAGUCGUCGGUAUCGCCCUCCUUGUAGGCGCCCAUGCAGGAGUCAUAGACUCCGAUGAAGCCUUUGAAGGACGAUUCACUGGAGGUGCCAGUGUAACCCCACUCCUCGAGACUGGGUAUAUCGUAACCAUUAUUGGAAAUAGCUCAAUAGCUGGAGUAAACCCCACUACUUGCGGCGGCGUUAUAAUCAACACAACUUUGGUCCUGACUACAGCAACUUGCGUGUUCAAGAUGCAAUCAGCCGUGUUGUAUGCUGGAUACAAGAACGUGUCUGCGGAUAAUUCAGCCAAUAACCAAACGGUGUACAUGGUAGAUAAAUUUAUCAAUCCAAAUUGGGAAAUUAACACUGGACUGAACGAUAUCGCUUUGAUUAAAGUUUACCCCCCAUUCUACUUCAAUGAAUACGUGUAUCCGAUCGCCUUACCAAAAAGCUCAGUAGUCAAGGGUGAUGCCGUGGCCAAAGUGGGCAACUUGACUUGGUUCUCCUUUGGUUCCAUCAACAAUACUGAUAACCUUACACUGGAUACAAUUCAAUUUGCCAAAGUUACAUACCUGUCAUCAAGGCCUUGCAGCUCCUUUUACAUCAAGCCUCCCUAUUGGUUCAGCGUUCCUACCUCGAUGUUGUGUUUGAAUUUAACGGAAAUUGGGUACUGCAAUUUGGACAAUGGUUACCCACUCAUUGGAUACGCAAAGGAUACAAAAACCAAGAUUUUUAAACCUUUCCUCGUUGCUUUGGCAGCCCAGGAUCGGGACAAUUUUUGUCCUCAAAACGCAUCGGUGACUAACUUCAACACUCCAGAUUUAUUCACCAGAAUCGAUUCAUCCUACAAGUGGAUCGCAGCAAAUGGAGGCCCAUCAAUUCAAUGAUUCAACAGAGCAAAAUUUGUUGAGGAAAUAAAAUUUUAGACGUCAAUUACAGUAUUUCAAUUUAUUUGAAAGCAAACAAUUCAGCAGGGGCAAUCGCCAUCUGAGCUCAUUCUCCAAAAAAUGGUUACAUACAUUUAUUAAAUUAAACAUUGAGAUGGGUGACUUCUUGAUAGCGAACAACUCGCGAAUACUCCGUGACCUAAUAACAUCGCAUACGAAUUUCAAGGACAUUCGAGCCUCAUUGGAGGGAGGAAGCCCAGUCCAGAAAAGGACCACCUACUUGUGUUCCUCCCCCGCACCAGAGUAAUUUAUUCAAACGCUGGACAUCCGUCCCGUGAAAAUAAUUCUGUGAAGGUGCAAACCAGAAGGAAGUGAGUCGGAAGAAUACUCCCAAAUCCGAAUGGACUCGUCAAUGCAAUGCAAGAAAGACAAAUAAUGUAGGCGCAAAUCAGCCCGCAAUGGACCACCCAAACAUCGAUCGGAUUCUCACAGUGCAAGUGCACUCAACAAUGCAUGCGCUCAAAAAUGUGAGCUAACGAAUUGGUAAAUUAUUGAACCUUUUGUGUCUUUAUGUCUCACAUUUGUAAAUAGCGUGGCAGAGUCGAUUUGCAUUUACGGUCCUAAUUAAGGUAAGACAGACUGGAAAGUGGGCCCCUCUUACUUUCAAUUGUGCUCUCUGGGUGUCAAUCGCCAGUAAUUUUAGAUUCAGAAAUUAUUUAUUGCAGAUCAGCAAGGCAACUAUGCCCCAUACAUCCACAUCCAGAACACAACAAAAAGAUAUAACAAAGCAUUUUUUGUCUUCAUAACAGAGGGAAAGUCAAAUCAGUCUAUCAAUCAGUUCAGUAUUUGGCUAGAAACAUUUGGCUAACAUUUCGUUUGAAUGCACUUGAGUUCUCGUUCAUACACAGAUUCGGUGACAGGGUGUUCCACAGACGAUAGCAAAUGACUUGAAUUUUACGCAAUUGCCGAUGCGCUUUAGCCAGGAAGACAAGCCGGCCUCGAUUGACAUUAUUUAUUCGUUCAACGCCAAAGUAAUCAAUGCUUUAAAUAUAUUUUACUAGUAUUUCUCCAGACACUCCUUGCCAACUCCAGUGUAAUCUGUGUUAAACAAAUGAUGACUGUUCUUAAAAUAUUUAUUUCCUAUUUUAAAAAUAUUUAACUUUUUUAAAAUUUUUAACUCUUCAUAUUAUUUGUGAUAGUAGUGGCUUAUGGGCUCUUCUUUUCUCAUUCUCUCUUUUUCUAUUAGCUCUAUUAGCUAAAUUUUAACUUUAAUAUUAAAUAGAUACGUAGUUUUUUUUUUAUCUAAAUGCCGAUUUAUUGAAAACUUUGAGGUUUAGAUUUAACGAUAAACAGGCAACCAGCGUGAAUUCGCGGAAUAAUGGAUGCGUUCAAAUAAGCACGCGGAAUUAGCUUGAUAAACAUAUUUUAAAACAUGUCAAACUAAAAAUUUAGCUAAAACAGAUGGGUUAUCCAUCAACAUUAUUUUCAAAAGAUAUCAAGAAAACUUUACAUCAGGUGAAAGCAAACCCGCCAGUCGAAAAAAAACGCAAAAACUGAAAUAAGCAGGUUAAACCUGUGAAUUAGAAAAAAGCAAUCCAAGAAAAAUGACGAAGUUUUCACUUAAUUUGGAAAUAAAAUCAGAAUUUCUUGCAAUGUAGAUGAAAGCGUUUUGAAUAGUUUCCAUAAUUUUUUACACACUCAGAAAAAGUGAUUUAUUUCGGAAUGUCACCAAAACCCAAACGAAGCGGACUGUAUUAGCUUGCUCAAUGCUAUUUUAUAAAAAUUAAUUUCGGAAAUUCAAAAAACCUGUAGAGAAUUAUGUGCGACUCCUUCUAGAAAAAAGUUAAAGGCCACCAGUCGAACAAGAAUUUCAGCACAUGUUAAUGAAGCGCACCACUCGUUAUUUGUUAUCGCGCUGGAAUUAGUUGGUGGGAAAGGAAUCCAAAAUGACAAGUGACACGAGGGGGAGCAUCAUUGGUCAUUUCUUAGGUGUACGUGUCCCUUGGCACUUAGUGGGGUAUAAAAAGGGCAAGGCAAACUCAAGAAUUUCAGUUUCAACGUAGACGUCGUUCCAUGGACAGAGAUAUGUUACGAACCUUAGUCGUCGGUAUCGCCCUCCUUGUAGGCGCCCAUGCAGGAGUCAUAGACUCCGAUGAAGCCUUUGAAGGACGAUUCACUGGAGGUGCCAGUGUAACCCCACUCCUCGAGACUGGGUAUAUCGUAACCAUUAUUGGAACAAGCUCUUUAGACGGAGUAAACCCCACUACUUGCGGUGGUGUUAUAAUCAACACAACUUUGAUCCUGACUACAGCAACUUGCGUUUACAAGAUGCAAUCAGCCGUGUUGUAUGCUGGAUACAAGAACGUGUCUGCGGAUAAUUCAGCCAAUAACCAAACGGUGUACAUGGUAGAUAAAUUUAUCAAUCCAAAUUGGGAAAUUAACACUGGACUGAACGAUAUCGCUUUGAUUAAAGUUUACCCCCCAUUCUACUUCAAUGAAUACGUGUACCCGAUCGCCUUACCAAAAAGCUCAGUAGUCAAGGGUGAUGCCGUGGCCAAAGUGGGCAACUUGACUUGGUUCUCCUUUGGUUCCAUCAACAAUACUGAUAACCUUACACUGGAUACAAUUCAAUUUGCCAAAGUUACAUACCUGUCAUCAAGGCCUUGCAGCUCCUUUUACAUCAAGCCUCCCUAUUGGUUCAGCGUUCCUACAUCGAUGUUGUGUUUGAAUUUAACGGAAAUUGGGUACUGCAAUUUGGACAAUGGUUACCCACUCAUUGGAUACGCAAAGGAUACAAAAACCAAGAUUUUUAAACCUUUCCUCGUUGCUUUGGCAGCCCAGGAUCGGGACAAUUUUUGUCCUCAAAACGCAUCGGUGACUAACUUCAACACUCCAGAUUUAUUCACCAGAAUCGAUUCAUCCUACAAGUGGAUCGCAGCAAAUGGAGGCCCAUCAAUUCAAUGAUUCAACAGAGCAAAAUUUGUUGAGGAAAUAAAAUUUUAGACGUCAA